AUGAGUGCUGAUUUACCCUCAAACUUGCCAGCCAAAUGCACCGAAGAAGCGUUACGGCAUAAGGCCGAGCACGCACGGAUGGUGGAAGCGGCGAGAAGACGGGUGGAGCGCGAGGCGGCAGCGAGACACGCACGAGUGUUGGAGUCACACCGCAUGGAGGAGAGGCUGGCCAGGCAUGCACGCGAGUGGACGCAGAACAUACUGCCGGACUGGCAGAACAUGAAGAACGCGAAACGAACUCUAGAGUUAUGGUGGAGCGGGCUCCCUCCUUCUAUCCGCGGCAAAGUCUGGCAACUGGCCAUCGAGAACAAACUGAAGAUCACCCACGACAUGUACCAAGACUACGUCGCCAAGGCCAAGCAGAAACUCCAAGAGGCACAACUAAGACGCAAACGGUUAAAAGUCAAAAGCCAAGACUGCUGCAGCUGCAAAAAGGAACCAGAAAAACCCAAAACGGACGAGAAAAUAUCCAAAUUCGACGAGCUGCUAUCAAAGAACGAUCAAAUCAGCCCGAGUGAGGAGAAACCUCGAUUAAGCAUACCGAGGAAUUUGAGCGAGCAGAAUUUAAAGUCUCAUAGUACGGAGGCGGGACCGAAGAAGUGUUGUUCGAAAUCGAACCCUAACCUGCUUGAUUAUAGUGACGAGUGUUCGAUGGAGCUGAUUCAGCUGGACAUAGCGCGGACUUUCCCCCACCUGUGUAUUUUCCAACCUGGAGGGCCGUAUUUUGAUGUGCUGCAUGAACUGUUGGCUGCGUAUGUGUGCUAUAGGCCUGAUAUCGGAUACGUCCAGGGCAUGUCGUUCAUCGCGGCAGUGCUGAUCCUGAACAUGGAGGCGCCGGCGGCGUUCGUGUGUUUCGCCAACCUGCUGGACGGGCCCGUGCUACGAGCGGCUUUCGCGCGCGACGGCGGCGCCAUGCAGCGGCUAUGGAAAGCGUACAGCACGCUUCUGGAGCACAAUCUACCCUCACUAGCAGGCGUGGUGGCGCCGGAACUGUAUCUUGUGGAGUGGCUGUAUACAGCCUUCGCUAAGGCCAUGCCGCUGGACGCCGCGUGCCGCGUGUGGGACGUCUUCCUACGGGACGGGGACUGCUUCCUGUUCAAUGCGGCACUAGGCGUCCUUCACCUGUACCAAGACGAGCUCAAAGACAUGGACUUCAUAGCGGCAGCCCAGUUCCUCACCAAACUCCCCGAAGACCUCGACCCUGAGGCUCUAUUCAAGAGCAUAUCCACAGUGUCUAUGACUCUGGAUGGGAUGACCUUCGAAGAACUGGCCUCAUGCUGCGAGGGCCAGAGUUUGGACGAUGACGUCACGGUGAGGUUAUGAUACAGGAGGAGGAUCGGGGACCUCUGGGACCUGAUUGACGCGCUGUCGUUUAAAGUCGGGUUAUAGUAACGGCUGGUAUAGAAUGCACUUGGUAUAUACAGAGUAAAUACAAAUGAGUAGGUUAUCUUCAUAGAAACGCAUGCAGCGCGCACGCACACACUGACAAAAU